AAUUACGCAAUACACCGAGAAUGGUGUUUUAUUAGGAGUGUGGGAAGUGCAAGCCGUAUAGCGUCGCCGGCAUUGGCGGGAGAUGGAGGAAGCCACCGUGUCGUCACCAUCACGCGAGAAGGAGAAAGAUAACGGAACAAUCACCAAUUCGACGCGCCAAUCUUUAAAAUCCGAUUCUCAAUUCAACAAUUACCAACUCUGGAAACAAAAGUUAAGGGAUAAUUGCUUCAAAAGAGUGCGACAAGACAGAACCCGCUUGCUCUGGAAAUGUAGGCUCUCCUCCUCACCACCAGCCUCUCCAUCACAAAAUCUUCAUCAGGAUCAGUUGGACAUUGAAUUCCGCGAUAUUGUAUCCAAUGAAUUCCAUAAAAUUAUCAAUCGCGAUAAUGCCGAUGAGGAUGAUGAUCUGUUAUGGGACGAUCAAAGUCCUCAUACCACGUACGAAGGUGAUGAUUGCCAAGAGAUAUUGCUUGAAAUGCAAAGAAUAUUUUAUGAAGACCUCGAACAACAAGAAACCGCAGUUGAUACUUGGGAAGAUGAAGUGGAUGAUUACUUGGCUCGUGCAGUUUAUGAGCAUAUGGAUCUAAAUGCAGAUAAUACAUGUAGAAAAGAGAUUUGGUGCCCUGUUUGUAAGAAUGGAGAGCUUAAAGACACUCAUAUUCUCAUAUACUGCACUCGUUGUAAACUUCAACUUACCAAAGCGGAAGAGCUUACUUUGGACUUUUUGCGAGACCGGCUUGCUGAAGUCCAUAUGGAGCAUCUUGACAGAGGUUGCAAAUUAAAGCCCAGAUUUUGUAUAAAGACAAAAUUUAAUUUAACUGCGUUAUACAUUAUGUGUGAAGGUUGUCAAACAUUUGAGAUUGUAAUUUAACAAUUUUGUUAGUAUUUGCUGUAUAGUUAUCAGAGGUUCAACAUAACUCAGGAUUUUUCCCUA